UAUAGCAAACCGAAUACUGUACCCUAAUGUGGCACUAGUUUCUUGAGGAAAACCCAGAACUCCAGGCAUGGUAUCCGAAGUCGUUGUACACCCCCGGUACCGAGUCUCGUUCCAGCGGACCUCUCCCAAGUUCAAUUUCUUAGGCGGACACUUGGACAACGUUAAAUUAGCACCAGGGCCGACUUUCUGUUAGAUAUGAUUCAACCGCUUUCACCUUCGCCAACACUCAAGUUCAGAAAUAAGGUGCACACAAGCCGACUUGGUCCCUAGCCCCGCCCCGGACUUCCUCCCACCGCCCAAGAAAAUUUCAAACAUGGUUCCCAAUCUUUCUCGGUCUGUCUUGACCUUCCAAAUUGACCCAUAAUGGCUGGCAAUGGCUGACACCGUAACAGGUUUCUGGAUUCAGACGUGUUCGAUGUUGUGGCAGGAUUAGAUAACAAGAGAUUCCGAAUUCACGGAGAACUGCUGGCAAUCCACUCAGAGACCCUCUGGUGGCUAGUGAGCAACAAACUGUGCGAUGGCCAGAAACGGCAACUAGUCAUCGAAGAACACGACGGCGCUACCGUAGGACGCUUUGCAGAGUUUCUGUACACGGGGGAUUAUCAAUCACCUAGCCCGGUAAAAAUAUCGGGUACUCCUAGGAAAGGUGCUACCAAUGACAGCCUUACCCCUCCUCCAGAAAUUGUGGUCCCUACAGACGGUGCGGCACAAAAGUGCGAAACGGAACCAGAAUCGCUCGCCGAAAUGAAUGCCAACCCUACCAGCUCGGCACCUGAGAAUUGUGAAACAGGUAAUACUCCACCGUUGGAUAUUACCCCCGAAUGUGAUGAACUCGAAAGUUCAGCCUCUGACCCAGUCCCAUUACCACCUGCAACUUUUCUUCCUGAACCUCUGCAAACCACCUUGGCGCCUAAGGAUGCACUAGAAACCGCGAGUCAGCAAAAACCGCCCGAAACCCAAUCGGAUAAGGAAGAUCACUUCGAUUCCGCUGAAUUUGACUUCAGAGACGUCUUCCUUGCGCACGGGAAAACCUACGUGCUAGCUCAUAGUUUCGAUGUUAAACCGUUGGAACGGCUGGCGGUCAUGAGGCUCCAGGAUGUCUUCGGCAAAAUCGUCCCUGUGACCCCCGAAACCCCGGUGGUAUCAAACUUCGCAGAGCUAGUCCACUAUGCUUACAAAAAUUCAACUGGCGGCAGUCUCCGGGAGGCACUCCUGAAAUUCUUCUCACCCAACCUUAAAACCCUUAGGGGUGCCGAGCUCCAAAAGUUGGUCAGCAAUGGUGGUGAUCUCGCGUCGGACCUCAUGCAAAUAGUGUGCGACAAAUUGGAGGGCUCGGAGCAGGAGAACGGUCAGUUGCUCCUUGAGGUCGAGACUUUGAACACCAAGCUGAACCUUGCUGAAAAGACCAGGAAAUAGCGAGGGCAGAUGGAGUUUUAGGAAGAAAUCCAAAGAGAGGAGGGACGACCUUUCACCUAAGUAUGACUGGGAAGGGGGAGAUCUUCACCCGGAUCCAGCAGGAGGAGGUCCUUAGGUGCUUCCAGCAGUUAAUUGGGAGAAUUGAUGGGUUGGUGGAGGUCGAAAGGAGACAAAAGGGGGUAUGGACCACUAGAUUGCAUGCCUACAAGGUACUAGAGGAGGACUUGAAGAGGGAUAAAGAUAUGCUAUUGACAGAGAAUAGCACUAUCAAGAAAGAGAUGGAAAAAUUUAAGGCGCAGAAUAUUCGAUACCGAAGAAGGCUUCAGGAAUUGGGGACUGGGAUAUACAUGUAAAUAGUGGACCACCGACCGAGCCACCGCUCUCUCUUCUCUUUCUC